CGGAUUUAUCAUUCUCUAAACACGUUGGCACCUGACCUACUUUAAGGACUCUUUCCCUAUUGAUCUUUUAUCAAUCUUUGUCUCCGUGCAUGGUUAGACACGGACACGAUAUUGAUAUAACUAGACUCUUCACUGCGGGUUAUCAUCGGCGUGGAAAGCUAAACGUCUUCAAGUCGGAUCACAAAAAAGCAAAGGAUGACAUUUCUGAGGAAAACUACUUUGACACCGACAGUAUAAUAGUGUUACUUUUUCUCUUCCUUCCACUUCGAGCAUCUCUGUGAAGGAGCGAAUAGGGUGGACUGUUCCGUUAAACGAUUGAGACAAAGCCAGAGGCACUGUAGGGAAAUUGAAGGAGGUAAGUGUGGAGCUGUGGCGAUAAGACAACGAUGUCAGAAAAGGGGCGAACGAAGGAGGCAGCAAAGUGUCACACGAAGGACCAAGUAAAGGGGCACACGAAGUAUGCAUCAAAGGGGCACACGACGGACCCAGUAAAGGGGCACACGAAGGAUGCAUCAAAGGGGCACACGAAGGACCCAGUAAAGGGGCACACGAAGGAUGCAUCAAACGGGCACACGACGGACCCAGUAAAGGGGCACACGAAGGAGGCAUCAAAGGGGUACACGAAGGAGGAAUCGACAACAGGACGACGGUCAGAUUCGGCCAAAGGGCACACCACGGAUAACGACAAUCCUCCGUCUUCGGCAAAGGGAGAAAAGAAGGAAGUCGACCUUACUAGGCCAGUUUUCAACCGGUGUCAAGGCCAACUUGGAAUCUACGUAGACCUGAUCGACGUUGAGUUGAUCGACCCUCUCGCCUAUGGCUCGGAGAGGUUCAUGAUGAUAAGCGUGGCAGAUAAGCUCCUUGAGUGCUACCAAAGCAUUGAGCUGUGUAAGAUCAAGAGCUCUUUGGAAAAGAAGGAGCUGUUGAAGGGGACAGUCUUGGAUGGAUUCAUCACAGGCUUGAUACUCUCCGUCACCUUUGACAACCUUGAGGCCGUGGAGACGUUCUGGCAUCAAUACAAAUCCGGAGAAGUCGGAAAGUUUUUCAAGAGUUACCUGGAAACGAAAUCGACGAAGAGGUAUAUCGAAGCAAAACGGCUGGAAAUUCGCAUCAGGUGCUGGGAGGAUGAAUACGAGGCUUGUAAAGAGGAUCUCCUGGCGAAUGAGGUGAUUGGGCUGUCCCUCGCAGACCAUGAAUACGAUAUCAAGAUGUUAAGGAAGGCUCGCGCAUGGCAGCAAAACUACACUAAAGAUCUGUACAAGCUGCGAGACUUCCAAUACGAGUUCGAGGCUCACCUUGGCGAGUUCAUCAACCUUUGUAAAACAUUUCAGCCUCAGUCACUCCAAGAAUUCGUCAACAUAGGUGACCUUGAAGCGCUGAUUAAACGCGCCAAGGAAAGAAAGACAAAAACAGUGGCCAUUCUAGAAAGGUACCCAAAUACGUUCCAAGCUGUAAGAAAAUGUGCCAAGGACAUGAAAAAGGGGAUUUUUCACACUGUCGCGGAAGUUCACGCGGGUUGCGAGAGCGAGAAACAACGCGCUUUGAAAGCAAAAAUGAAUGCCAUGUUGGCUGACGUAAUGCGCAUGACGGAACCGUGUUACUGCUUCCGGGAUACGCACUCUCCGGUCUGGGAGCAUAAGGUGAUGGAUUAUGAGCGGAAGAUGUUUGUGGGAAUGGUAACAACAUUCCCGUGUGUGAUUGAGACUAUGAUCGACGUGGAUCACCUUGUUGAUGACUAUUAUGAAGAUCUAAAAAUAGAACUCUAAUGCCGGAAAUGGUUUGGUACAACAAUGCUAAUAGGCAGCCUUUACUGUUCUAUUCCGCCAGGCGAGUGGUAUAAUAGUUUAUACCGCAGUACUGUCUUUAUACAGGGCACUCUCCUGCCAAUUUUGACAGCGAUGAAGCAGGUAUAAUAGUUUAUACCGCAGUACUGUCCUUAUACAGGGCACUCUCCUGCCAAUUUUGACAGCGAUGAAGCA